UGUAUUUCUAAGAGGAAAGAAGACAUUACUUUCUGAUGAAGUGAAAACUGGAGAGCAGUUCAUGUUGUAUAGAUGUGAGGAUGCCAUCAGCAUCUUCCAAAGCCUGGAUCCUGCCUGCCUGCAAAAUUGUUCCAAGUAGACCUCAGCCCCACUGCUUCCUUCUGCCAGUGGGUUUGGAGCUCUGGGUUUAUGCUCAGAAAAUGCACAGCCUGCAGAAGAAGAGAAUGGAGGCAUCCUGCCUGGAACUGGCCCUGGAAGGAGAGCGCUUGUGCAAGGCUGGGGACUUCAAAGCUGGGGCAGCCUUCUUCGAAGCAGCAGUGCAGGUGGGGACUGAGGACCUGAAGACUCUCAGUGCCAUCUACAGCCAGCUGGGCAAUGCCUAUUUCUAUCUAAAGGAGUAUUCCAAAGCCCUGGAGUACCAUAAGCACGACCUGACCCUGGCCAGGACCAUUGGGGACCGCAUUGGAGAGGCCAAGGCAAGUGGCAACCUUGGGAAUACCCUGAAAAUACUCGGGCAGUUUGAUGAAGCUGUGGUUUGUUGCCAGAGACACUUGGACAUUUCUCAGGAGCAGGGAGACAAGGUAGGUGAAGCCAGAGCACUCUAUAAUAUAGGAAAUGUUUACCAUGCCAAGGGAAAGCACUUAUCAUGGAACAUGGCCCAGGACCCAGGCUCCCUCCCUCAGGAAGUCAAGGAGACACUGCAGAAAGCUUCAGAAUAUUAUGAGAGGAACCUGUCCCUGGUGAAGGAGCUGGGGGACAGAGCUGCUCAGGGCCGUGCUUACGGCAACCUUGGCAACACCCAGUACUUACUUGGCAACUUCAGUGAAGCCAUAGCCUUCCACAAGGAGCGCCUGGCCAUUGCCAAGGAGUUUGGGGACAAGGCAGCCGAGCGCAGAGCCUACAGCAACCUGGGCAAUGCUCACAUCUUCCUCGGCAGGUUCGACAUCUCCGCAGAGUACUACAAGAAAACACUCCAGCUCUCCAGACAACUCAAAGACCAAGCAGUAGAAGCCCAGGCUUGCUACAGCCUUGGAAACACGUGCACGCUGCUUCAGGACUACGAAAGAGCAAUCGAGUACCACCUAAAGCACCUGGUGAUAGCACAGGAGCUGGGAGACAGGGUGGGAGAAGGAAGAGCCUGCUGGAGUCUGGGAAAUGCCUACGUCUCACUGGGGAGCCAUGAACAGGCUUUGCACUUUGCAAGGAAACAUCUUGAAAUCUCCCAAGAGAUCGGGGACCGGAGCGGGGAGCUGACAGCACAGGUGAACAUGGCCCAGCUCAGGUCAGCCCUUGGUCUGGGCCCUGGGGAUGAGGACAUGGGUGCAGCUCAUCAUUAUGCUGGCUAUGAAGCACAAGGAGCCAGGCCAAAGAGACUCCAGAGGAACAGCAUGGACAGCUUAGACCUCCUCAAGUUCCCUUCUGAAAAGGACCAGAAUGGGGACAACCACCAUGUGGGAGACCUGAAGAUCUCGGGAAAAGAGUUCCUCUCGUUACCUGCGAGGACGAGGAAAUACCGGGAACACCAAUCCAGUUUGGAGAGGAAGUCCCAGGGACCGAGUGCAUCACCCUUGGAUGCUGGUGAAGUCCGAGUCCAGGUGUCACAGUCGAAAAUCAACCGGACCCCUUCGGAUGAGGAAUGCUUCUUUGACCUGUUGAGCAAGUUCCAGAGCAACCGGAUGGAUGAUCAGCGCUGCCCGCUGGAGGAGUGCCCGUCGGAGGCUGCGGAGGGAGCUGCCACCCCGGUGCCUGCCCUGGGAGAGCGGAUAUCACAGUCUGCCCUGAUGGCAUCUCCGCAGACAGAGGAGUUCUUCGACCUCAUCGCCAGCUCCCAGAGCAGGCGCCUGGAUGACCAACGUGCCAACGUAGGCAACCUGCCGGGGCUGCGGAUAACCCACAACAACCUGGGGCACCUGCGCGUGGAGGGGGACGCCCAGGAGCCCGGGGACGAGUUCUUCAACAUGCUCAUGAAGUGUCAGUCCUCCAGGAUCGAUGACCAGCGCUGUGCCCCCCCUGACUCCAUCCCCCGGGGUCCCACCAUGCCGGACGAAGACUUUUUCAGCCUCAUCCAGCGUGUCCAGGCCAAGCGCAUGGACGAGCAGCGGGUGGAUUUGGCCUCGGCCCAGGAGGAGGCUGAGGAGGAGCAGCACAGGCCUGGUUCCAGCUAAGAACUGGGCUUUGGUCUGGGGGGGUUGUUUUGGCUUUAUUUGGGUUUUUUUUGUUUUUAAGAAAAAAAAAGUGAGUGGUUUCAAACCCGAGGGCUCCUGUGCUACCACAGACUUGUCCCAGGAGCCACUCCAGGGGUGUGGGAGCUGCACCUCCAUCCUGUUGCUACGGGAAGGCCCAAUGGAUAUGGGGCACAAUUUUUAAACAAGGGGUUUUUUUAGGACACACGGCCCCUGUAACACUGGGCACGAGGGAAGGCUUUGGCAGCCCCUUUGCUGAUCACCUAAAAACCCAGGAACUUGUAGGAGCCCAGAGGGGGUAGUUAACUCCAGCCUUGAUGUCUUUUAUUUCCACAACACUUUUAAUUAAAUGGGGGAAGGGAAGAGCACCUUUUCCAUUUUGAAGGCCUCCUGUACUGCCUGCAUCACGAGGCGACACGAAUGACUCUGGAUCCUUCCCUGGAACAUCUUGCUCAGCUUUGUUCCUUCUACAGGAGAAAAUAAGCCCAAGUCUGAGGCCAUACCAGUUCUUUAAAUCUUAACCCACCCCAGCUGCAUCGUUGUCCCACACACCUGAGUGUAUUUUAGGUUUGCUGAGGACUCUGCAGAGCCCUGGACACCUCCCUGCUUCCCCAGCUCUGGGCGGAGCUGUCCUGGGACCUCUUGGGCAGGAGCAAAGCCUCACUCACCCUGAGCUUUAGUGGGACUUGUCACCUCUGGAGCUCAGCCAGCUGUGCAGGCCCAGGACAGGGGCUGUGCCUGGGAAGGGGAAGGUCUCUGUUCAUGUGUUCAGCCCAUGGCAAAUGUGGGCAGCACUGGUGCCACUGAGCCAAGGUCUCAGGCAGGUGAGGGUGCCUGAGGCAGAACCUGCGUGUGACAGGGACCCGCUUCGACAGCCAGCAAAGCUUUCUGCCCACAGCUUGUCCUUGU